CGGAGCUUCUCGUUUCGGGGUUUGUUUCGGGAAUCCCGAAGAAAAAAUCUGAGUGAAUUGGGGAAUUAUUUGCAUAUUCUAGAAGGAGAAGUGAUAUCGCAGUGGUGGCUUGAAGUGUAGUGGGGCAAGAAGUGGUGUUACAUAAGUGAAGUUUUGGUUGAAUUUCAAAUAGUUCAGUGAUUAUGACCACCUACACCGACAAGGGCCCCAAGCCGGACGGCGGCAAGUUCCUGUCGUUUGACCACGUGACGUUCUACGUCGGCAAUGCCAAGCAGGCGGCCAGCUACUACACCACCCGGAUGGGCUUCGAAAACCUGGCGUACCAGGGACUGGAAACGGGCAGCCGAAAGAUUUGCAAGCACGUGGUCCGCCAGAACCGGAUCGUGUUUGUUUUUGUUUCGGCUUACGAGCCCGGGAAUCACGAGAUCGGGGAUCAUCUGGUGAAGCACGGGGACGGAGUUAAGGACGUGGCGUUUGCCGUUGAAGAUCUGGACGUGAUCGUGAAGCGGGCCAAGGAGCGCGGAGCUUCGGUGGUGCGGGAUGUUUGGGAGGAGAGUGACGAGUCUGGAACGGUGCGGAUGGCCACGGUCAGGACGUACGGGGAGACCCAGCACACGUUUGUCGAGCGGAAGAACUACCGGGGAGUGUUUCUGCCCGGGUUCAAGGCUCCGCUGUACGAGGAUGUCCUGGCGAAGGUGCUGCCUCCGACGUACUUGGACUUUAUCGACCACGUGGUGGGCAAUCAGCCGGAUCUGCAGAUGGAGUCGGUGGCCGCGUGGUACGAGAAGGUGCUGAUGUUCCACCGGUUCUGGUCCGUGGACGACAGCCAGAUCCACACGGAAUAUUCCGCGCUGCGUUCGAUCGUGAUGAGCAACUACGAGGAAACCGUCAAGAUGCCCAUCAACGAACCGGCCAAGGGCAAGAAAAAGUCCCAGAUUGAGGAGUACGUGGAGUACUACGGGGGUGCCGGGGUUCAGCACAUUGCCCUCAACACCGGUAACAUCAUCGCGGCCAUCGAGAACCUGCGUGCUCGCGGAAUGCACUUCCUGUCCGUUCCGGAUACGUACUACGAUCAGCUGCGCGAACGUCUCAGCCACAGCCGCUGCAAGAUCAAGGAGGACAUGGACACGCUGCAGAAGCUGAACAUCUUGAUCGAUUACGACGAGAACGGUUAUCUGCUGCAGAUCUUCACCAAGAACAUGCAGGACCGUCCGACGCUGUUUUUGGAAGUUAUCCAGAGACAUAACCACAAUGGUUUUGGCGCCGGAAACUUCAAGGCUCUAUUCGAGGCCAUCGAAGCGGACCAGGAAAAGCGAGGAAAUCUGUAAACGAAAACGCGGAUUUGAAAGCGAACCACAACGACAUCAUAAUCGCGCAAGUGCGGUCCCGACCCGCAAGCAUCAGCUUGAAAGUGUAGUGGGGACCGAUCACAAGUGAAAACGGCAGGAACUGUACAAUUUGAUAUAUCCACAACACACACACACAAAACUAACCUCUGCCCAGAUUAGGGCACUUUUUUAGUUAGGUAAAUUUUAAGUUUUAGUCGUAAAUAAACCGUUCUUGAUAAAA